CCAUGGCAUGUCCUCUCCAAAGACCCCAGCAAGGAUGUGAUUUCCAUCUUCUCUCUCUAUCUCUCUCUCUCUCUCUCUCUCUCUCUCUCUCUCUCUUCUCCGCAACUUCUUCAUCUAUAUACUUAUUCCUUCCUCACACACUCUCACAUCUACCACCGCCAUGUCCGGCGAAACCCCGACAGAUUUGUCAUCGUCAUCGCGACCGGUCGCCGAUCACCAGCAGCAGCAGCAGCAGCAAGAACAGGUAGCAGCUGCGGCGCCUUUGAGCCGGUACGAAUCACAGAAACUGCGAGACUGGAAGACCUUUGGGCAGUAUUUAAAGAAUCAAUCGCCGCCGGUACCACUUUCUCAGUGCAACUUCAAUCAUGUGCUGGAUUUCCUUAGGUUUCUUGACCAAUUCGGGAAGACGAAGGUCCAUUCACACGGCUGUAUCUUCUUCGGACAACCCGACCCUCCGGCACCAUGUACCUGUCCACUCCGGCAGGCUUGGGGAAGCCUGGAUGCAAUCAUCGGGAGGCUGAGAGCCGCCUAUGAGGAGCACGGCGGCUCGGCCGAGACAAACCCCUUCGGGAGCGGAGCAAUUCGGGUGUAUCUGCGUGAAGUAAAGGAGUGCCAAUCAAAGGCAAGAGGGAUUCCAUAUAAGAAGAAAAAGAAGAGAAGGAUCCAACUGAAAGGAAAUAAUACUGAUCAGAAUAAUCAGACUGCAGAGGCUCUCAAGCAAUUGGCUUCUUGAGAAAAUGAAUGGAGUUACGUACGUAAGAACGUACCAAAUGAAAGAGAGGUAAAUGUUAGAAGAAGAAGAAAGGAACUAGUGACAGAGCUUUAAGGGGUCGCAUCAUGCAGAUAGAUCGAGCUUCGAUCAUGUCUGCAAAAUUGGUCCCAGAAAAUAUGUAGAGCAGUUCGUGUCACCAGUAAAUUAGUGUAGUCUCAGAAUAAUCUGCUCGCCAUCAAAGUAUAUAUAUUAUAUAUAGUCAAUAUAUAUACAUAUAUUUGAGACACUGUACAACAUUGUAUGUUCUCGUUACGUGUUAGAGCUAGAAACUAUUCAUACUGCAACGUAUUUGUUUCAUGAUGCUCUCUCAUUGUCUGUCUAACUAGCUUCCAAAAUAAUGAGCUUUCAAACUUUUAUUA